AUGGAGGAGAGGGCCGUGUUCCGCUGUCCUGAGCAGGUGUGGCACGUGGAGCUGCUGCCCCAGCCCCGACAGCUCUACAUCCUGUGCGCCCACAGCGGGAUCUACUGCGUGUCCCUGGAGCAGCAGAGCAGGUUAAUGGAGCAGAUGGACGGCGACGGCCAAGAAAGCAACGGCCCUUCCGGCGUGUUCCCGGUGGAUGCGGAUUCCUGCAUCUUCCCCGACGCCAGCCUGAGCAUGUUCACCCUGCUCAGCACCUUCGUCAUCACGCUGUCCCAGGCCGAGGGCAAGUGGUGGAUGCGGCUGCACGAGCUGCCGCGCCCGGAGCAGGACGGGCCCCCGUACCGGCAGGUCAGCCAGGUGGAAUUCUGUCCGGGCUCCCCGCCCGGGGACGGGGAGGACACGCCCCCCUCCUGCUUUCUGCCCGUACUGUGCUGCGCGGCCGCGCCCGGCGCCGAGGGGCUCUGGUGCUCGGGGGGCUUCGUGCUGGAGGAGCCCCUCUUCAGCCUCCUCUUCGGCAUCGAUGCGGCCAUGCUGGAGUCGCCCAUGAUCCUGUGCGGGUUCCCGGACGGGCAGCUCUGCUCCGUGCCCCUCAAAGCCCUCAGCUCCUCGCCCGCUGCCACCGACAGCGGCUGCGGCAGCCGCAUGUACUACAGCACCCACUCCGACAUCUCCGCCGUCGACCUGGACCGCGCGGGGGACGCCUCGGACCCCGAGGACACCGAGAGCAGCACCGGCGUCCUGCCCCCCGUCCUGUCCCCGGCCAGCUUGAGUAUCUGCAGUGUCGUGGCUCUUUCCUUGUCCUCUCGGGCCUCAGAAGGUGAGUCGGAGCUGUUGGCUCUCUCGGCCAAGGGCAGCCUCGUGUCCUGUGGGUUGUGCAGCCCCGAGGAGCCGGACGUGGAGCUGACACCUGCCGAGAUUGGCCGGAGGAUCAAGGAGCUGCUGUCCGGGAUAGGGAACACCUCGGAGAGAGUGUCCUUCCUGAAGAAGGCCGUGGACCAGAGGAACCGAGCCCUGGCCAGCCUGAACCAGGUGAUGAACGUGAGCGCAGCGCUGCUCUCCAGCCACGAGGGCCCCAAGCCCAUCGCCUGCACCGUCACUGCCAACUGGAGCUGCCUCCUGCUCCAGGACACCGUCACCAUCUCCUGCUUGCUGGAAAACUGCAGCGAGUACAGCCUGGAGGAGGGCUGGACCCUCUGUGUCCAGCUCCUGGCCAGCCCCUGUGCCUUAGAGGAGGAGUCCGUGGAUUCGGCCACCACCUUCACAUUCCCCAUUGACCAGCUGCUCCCCGGGAACAAGCGGGAGCUGACGCUGCCCCUCGGCCCCACUGCGGACACCAAGCUGGACCUGCCUCUGACCAUCUCCUGUGCCCUCUACUACAGUUUACGGGAUAUUUUGGGCAGCGGCUCCGACUCCUCCGAGGACCUGGAUGACUUCCUGCCCGACGACUCGCCCCUGCUGUCCCCGGACAGGGAGGGGAUCUGCCUGCCCCUCAGCCAAUGCACCAUUGACAUGCUCCAGUGCCUCCGUUUCGGGAGCAGCCCCCCCGGGCCAGACGCACCCCCUGCCCCCCCAGACCCCGUGGAGACCUUCCUCAAAGUGUCCCAGGAACAGACUGAGCCCGAGGAGGGGAAAACCCCGGGAGAGGGGAAGUUGCCCCCCUCAGCAGCAUCCAUCCGGGUGUCCUCGGAGCUGCUGAAAAGCGCCCUGAAAACCUCGGGAACAGAUGUGCCCCUGAGCUGUGCCACGCUGCGCUGGCUGCUGGCAGAGAACCCCGGGGCCGAGGCGCUGAGCAGCGCGGAGGUGGCAUCGGUGUGUGGCACAGCACCCGACGGCGGCCACGUCCAGCUGCUCGUCCGAGAGGUGGCCAUGAAUGACCUGAGCCCAGCGGGUCCCAUCCAGGCCGUGGAGAUCCUGAUGGAGAGCCCAUCCCUGGCCCACAUGUGCAGGACACACCACGCCGUCAUCCGGCGCAUCCAGGCGCUGGUGCUGGAGCAGGCAGCGCAGGGCUCGGGACCCCCCGACCUCCGCAUGCAGUACCUGCGGCAGAUCCAGGCCAACCACGAGAUGCUGCUGAAGGAGGCACAGACCCUCCGGGACCAGCCGCCCCCGGAUGAGGAGGGGGCUGAGGGCGCUGCCACGGCCGAGAAGCUCCUGAACAUCUACCGGCAGCUGAGGAACCCCAGCCUGGUCCUGCUGUGAGCGGGGGGCGGCCAGCACGCCCCAAAAACCCCGCCGGCCGGGGCGGGUGCCCACGGGAGAGCCCCCCCAUCCCAGCCCACCCCGCCGGAGCAGGGGCGGGGCGGGCAGUGGUCGGGGCGGGGGGUGUGUCUGUGCGUGUUUCGUGGUCGUGUUGUCGGCAGCAC